AGCAGGUCACUAAUGCUGGAAAAAGUACAGAGUCCACUGAAAGACAUGCUUGUUACUUUCUGAAUUCUGGGAUAAUUUUUUUGUUGUUGUUCAUCACUCCGACUUUCACUGAGGGUUAUUAUAGCCUUGGUCUCAAGGCCAGAAAAGUUUACAGGCUGCACCUCUUCCGUACUCAAUGCUGUACACCUUGCACCCAAGGGUACUGUAUAUUUACACUCAAUGAUGUCUUCUAGUUCUCACACGGCCAUCAUACAGGAAUCUAUAAAACAUGGACUUACAUCAGUCGGUGCCGGUGCCGCGGACGGACACGGAGCCCCCAGCCCGGCCCGCAGCCGCCCUGUCAUGCUGCCCAAAGUGGAGACGGAGGCCCUGGGACUCGCCCGGUCGAAUGGGGAACAGGGGCAGAUGCCAGAAAACAUGCAAGUGUCUCAGUUUAAAAUGGUGAAUUACUCUUACGACGAAGACCUGGAGGAGCUGUGUCCGGUGUGCGGAGAUAAAGUGUCGGGGUACCACUACGGGCUGCUCACCUGCGAGAGCUGCAAGGGAUUCUUUAAGCGGACGGUGCAGAAUAACAAGAGGUACACGUGUAUAGAGAACCAGAACUGCCAGAUUGACAAAACCCAGAGGAAGCGAUGCCCUUACUGCCGAUUUCAAAAAUGCCUCAGUGUUGGAAUGAAACUAGAAGCUGUGCGAGCUGACCGAAUGCGCGGCGGCAGAAACAAGUUUGGACCGAUGUACAAGAGAGACAGGGCGCUGAAGCAGCAGAAGAAAGCUCUCAUCCGAGCAAACGGACUUAAACUGGAAGCCAUGACUCAGGUGAUCCAAGCUAUGCCAACCGACCUGACAAUAUCCUCUGCGAUCCAGAACAUCCAUUCUGCCUCCAAGGGCCUACCUCUGAACCAUACUGCCUUGCCUCCCACAGACUAUGACCGAAGCCCCUUUGUAACCUCUCCAAUUAGUAUGACGAUGCCACCCCACGGCAGCUUGCAAGGUUACCAAACGUAUGGCCACUUCCCAAGCCGUGCUAUCAAGUCCGAGUACCCCGACCCUUACACUAGCUCACCAGAGUCAAUAAUGGGCUACUCAUACAUGGAUGGUUAUCAAACAAGCUCACCAGCAAGUAUUCCGCAUCUGAUAUUGGAACUCCUGAAAUGUGAGCCAGACGAACCACAAGUCCAAGCUAAGAUCAUGGCUUAUCUGCAGCAAGAGCAAGCCAACAGAAGCAAACACGAGAAGCUCAACACGUUUGGGCUCAUGUGUAAAAUGGCUGACCAAACCCUAUUCUCCAUCGUCGAGUGGGCUAGGAGUAGCAUCUUUUUUAGAGAACUUAAGGUUGAUGACCAAAUGAAGUUGCUUCAGAACUGCUGGAGUGAACUCUUAAUUCUAGAUCACAUUUACCGGCAAGUGGUACACGGGAAAGAAGGCUCCAUCCUUCUGGUUACCGGGCAACAAGUAGAUUAUUCUGUAAUAGCAUCACAAGCUGGAGCCACCCUCAACAACCUUAUGAGCCACGCACAAGAACUAGUAGCAAAGCUUCGUUCCCUGCAGUUUGAUCUACGAGAAUUUGUAUGUCUCAAAUUCCUGGUGCUGUUUAGUUUAGAUGUCAAAAAUCUAGAGAACUUCCAGCUUGUGGAGGGUGUUCAGGAACAAGUGAAUGCUGCUCUGCUGGACUACACAAUGUGUAAUUACCCACAGCAAACAGACAAAUUUGGGCAGCUUCUCCUGCGACUACCAGAAAUCCGGGCCAUCAGUAUGCAGGCAGAAGAAUACCUCUACUACAAACACCUGAACGGAGAUGUUCCAUGUAAUAACCUUCUCAUUGAGAUGCUGCAUGCAAAGAGAGCAUAAAUUAUAUCCGUUAGAGCUUCUGCUUUCAAGGAAAAGAUAUACUCUGAACUGCUCCAAGCAACACUAAUUAAAAUGUGGUUUUAAGACUUUGCAAAAUGGUAUAAUAAUCAAAUACUAAUAGUAAAUAAGUGAUGUAUCAGGGUAUUUGUAUUGCAAACUGUGAAUCAUAUGCUACACAUCCCCAAAGGAAUCUCUUUAGGACUUUAUAAACUGGAGUGAAGUAAACUUAAAAAGUGGAUACUAUCACCAAUGUCAACAUGAAUAACAACAGAAUGAUUCUUGUAUAUUUAACUUCUGAUUGCCAAUGUGAAGAAAUUUAGGGGAAAACUGAUCUGUAUUGUUGAGCUAAGAGAGUGGGGAAUUUGAGUGCACUAAAUUCCUUCAUUGUACAGCAGGACUUCUAGAACAGUUAUAACAGAUGCAAAGCUGCAUCUAUACCAUCUUCUGUCAUUCUCCCAAGGACCCAACACUUCUUCUGUGAUAAACGAUGUGGCAUCCAUUUAACAGUCUGUACGAGAGAGUUGGCCUAGGCCACCUUCUAGGUAGUAUGGCCACCACUUCCCUAGACGCUGGUUUUGACAGUCUCUCAGGCCUGCAGAUAGCUAAUAUCAAGAGUCUGUUUUCAAGUUAGCUUGGCAUUCUUACUAUGUUCUAAAGUCUGUUUCAUUACGUGUUCAUGUUGUUAAAUCAGGCAGUAUCCUUCUUCUACUACUGUCACUGGCUGUCAUUAAAAAUCUAACAUAAAUACGCAACAACAACAAAAAUUCAACUCAAAUAUAUACUUCACUACUGCAGUGGCUAAAAUACAGCUCUGCUAUGUACUCAUGGCCUUUUCCAAAAAAAAAGAAAAAAGAAAAAAAAAGGAAGAUACCCAAGCCACUAAAAGUGACAACUUCUUCAACAAACACUGUUGUUAAACAAAAAUAAAAUAAAAAAGAACAGAAAUGCAUUAAGCAAUGCAAGAAAAGGCAAGUAAAUUGCACACUUUUUUAACACAAAAAAGAAGAGUGAUACUGCUAUAUCUAUGUAGGCCAAAGUCUGCUGCAGAACAAAUACUGAAGAAGAACAAACAAAUCUCUCUCUGUCCAAAUGAAGGUAUCAGUAUUAAAAUGUAGUGCCACGGUUCUAAGUCUUGCCUUAUUUCACUAUCCUUAAAGGUAACUGUGCAGAUGUGGAUCAACAUAUAUUUAAAAAUAAAGUAUUAGCCUCUAACAUUAACAAAAAAAUAGUGUUUACAUUCUUUAGGUCCUGUGGGAAGAAAGAAAGAAAGAAAAAAAAAAAAAAAAAAAAAAAAAACUGUGAUAAAAUUGCAAAGCAGUGAUUUCCUUAAUGUUGCUUUCAAAUUGGUAAUUAUUUUACCAGUACUUAAUUACUGUAUGUCGUGAGACACUAAAAUCAGUGGGGGGAGGGGACUUUAGUUUGACUUUAAUUUUGAGAUUAUCAGCUGUACAAUCACUUGUAGAAACUGUAUAAAAUCCUAAUUCUUUGAUUUUUUUUUUCAUGAAGAUUGCUGGCUUUUGAAUAGUUUAUUUAUACUGUAUAUGAUAGUUUCCACUGUAGACAAUUAUGAUGCUAAUUUAUUGUUUGUUGGUUUCAUCUUUAUCUAAGAUAUAGCCAGAAUGAAGAAGCCAAAUAUAUGUGUUUACUGUAGCAUGUCUUCAAGCUAGUGGAACAUAGUUCAGGGACACACAAAGGUCUUCAUAAGUUUAAAUCAUUCACUUGAUUGUCUGUAAAUCUUCAUAAUCUUAAAUGUAGUUUAUUUAAAUCUAUUGUAAAUUAUGUGAGUUGUAGCUUUUUCUGUUUCAUGUGAACUUGAAAAGGUGCAUUCUCUCAUUUUUUUCCAACUAUCCACACACUGUAUACCAAAGACAUUAAUUAUUUCAUCUGCAUUAGUUAACAUGUUAUUUUAAUCACCUGUAUUACUCAGCUGUAUUCUGUCCAUGCAUAGGGUACAAACACAGCAAAGCCCAAUGUCUGCACCUCCUAGAUGCCUGCCUUGAAUCACAGAAUGCACACAGUGACAUACUGGCCAAAAGCAAACCAUAUAUACACCCCCAUGGUCAUCCCACACAGCAAGCAUGGCAACGUUAUUUUCCUAAGAGCAUGCUCCGUCAAACAAACUAAAUUAACAGAUAGUAAGAUGCAGGUGGCAAUUGACUGUGGCUGUGAUAUCUACAUAUCAUGAGCAUAGUUCAAAGUUUGGUCAUGCAUUUCCUUUUUAAAAGAAAAACAAAGCAUAUUUCAAGUGUUUGCAUUUUCUUUUUUUUUUUUCUUAUUGAAAUGCUACAGUGAAUAUCACUGAAUAUUUACAUAAAAAGCUUUAAAAAUGUUACUAGCUGUAUUCGCAGCAUGAUAAUCUACAUACAGGACAAAAGAAUUUAAAUAAGGAUAUAAGAGAGAAGAUUUUUCGCAUACAAUUUAAACAAUUGAAACAAUUUCAGAUAAACUACCAUAUAUUUGCCCAUAUCUGUCAUUCCAAGAAUCCCACUUGAUUGCCCAAAGUUUGCAAACAAACGAAAAAAAAAGAAAAAGAAAAUAACCUAACCUCAUGUUAAUUGUUAACUACUUUGUAACCAGACAUUUGCUUUUGACUGUCUUAUUGAUUACAGGACACAUUAGUAAAAGCAGACUAAAAUUCAAAGGUUUUGGCUUUGGCUGGUUUAUUAUAGUUGUUCUGUGUGUGUAAACAGACAAUCUGUAAAGUCUGACUAUUUGUACUACAGAUGUUCUGCAGCUGCCUUGGAUUUAAAUCCAUGCAACUCUUAGAAUGUGCAGUGAGUUACUUGUUGAAGUUGAAGUUUUCUUACUGUAUCAGUGAAAUACAUAUUGUCACGUCAGUUCUUGCCAGAAGUUUCUCAUCGCCAAUGGAUUUUUUUUCAGUAUUUCAAUAAAUAUUGAUAUGUUCA